UUACCGCGUAAAAAUACUAAUUAUGACUCGUUAUUUAAAAUUCAUAAGGAUAUUUACAAGCCGAUUAAAAUAUAUGACUAAAGGUGUUUGAAGUCAUUUUUAAAUUGAUGUGAUAUUGCUUCAGUAAUUCAGUAAAACACCGGACCUUGAUCCACGCGCGGAACUGAGGACAGCAGGCAAAGGAGAAACACUGCUUGGAUUUUGUAACAGAAAGUACAGUAUGAGUUGUGGACGUGAGGAUUUCCUCAGUGGCUUUGUGCUGCUUCUGAUCAUACAAACUGUAGUGUCCAUGGUGGUUCCUAAUGCCACACAUUUAGAGUCUGUGCUGGGAAAAUACAUGGAUAAGGAUGAAGCAUGGUGGCAAUCCAAAUCAAGAGGCAAGAGAGCGAUUUCACAGAGUGAUAUGCAGCUUAUACUUGACCUACAUAAUAAACUUAGGGGUCAGGUGUACCCCCCUGCCUCAAACAUGGAAUACAUGGUGUGGGACACUGAACUGGAGAGGAGUGCUGAACAAUGGGCACACACCUGUCUAUGGGAACAUGGACCCUCUCACCUACUGACCCGCAUUGGCCAGAAUCUGGGAGCUCAUUGGGGAAGAGAAAGGCCACCAACCUUUCAUGUCCAAGCCUGGUAUGAUGAGGUGAGAGAUUUCAGCUACCCCUAUCCACAAGAAUGUGAUCCUUACUGCCCCUACAGAUGCUCUGGACCUGUCUGCACACAUUACACACAGCUCGUCUGGGCCACAAGCAAUAAAAUUGGUUGCGCCAUCAACGUGUGCUACAACAUGAAUGUAUGGGGCAUGAUAUGGGCCAAAGCUGUGUACCUGGUCUGCAAUUACUCUCCUCCAGGUAACUGGUGGGGACAUGCGCCGUAUAAGCACGGGUCCCCAUGUUCUGCCUGUCCUCCCAGCUAUGGUGGCGGUUGCAGAAACAACCUCUGUUAUAAAGAUGACGGCAGUCACAUGCAUUACACCCCUGAGACAGAGGAAAAUAACUAUAUUGAGCCAGAACCUGAACCAGUCCGAAGCCAUGGCUCUCAUCACAGUGAUCAGUCCAUUCCCACAGCAUCUGCCAGUGAGAACACUGAGAAGAAUGAUGUCAUCAGUACUUCACAGAUGUCUCAGCAAGUAGCGUGUGAUACUAAAUUACGUGAUCAGUGCAAAGGAACUACUUGCAACAGAUACGAGUGUCCACCAGGCUGCUUGUACAACUAUGGGAACGUUUUUGGAUCAGGUUUUUAUGACAUGCAAUCUAGUAUCUGUGGCAGUGCCUUGCAUGCUGGAAUAAUAGAUGAUGAUGGAGGCUGGUUAGAUAUCACCAGGGUGGGCAGAAGGCAACGAUUCUCCAAGUCUUUCAAAAAUGGAGUUCAGACUCUGGCCAAAAAUCAGAGUGCCAAUGCCUUCACGGUGUCAAACGUCCCAGUGAAGGCAAUUAAUUGUGAUACCACCGUGGCCCAGUUCUGUCCUUUCAAAAAACCAGUCCGGCACUGUCCCAGGCUGUAUUGUCCGAGUAACUGUUUGUAUGACAGCUACGUCCGAGUAACUGGAACCCGCUAUUAUUCAGAUGACUCCAGUAUUUGCAGGGCAGCCAUUCAUGCCGGGGUGAUCCGGAGUGACUCUGGAGGUUAUCUGGAUGUCAUGCCUGUGGACAAGAGGAGGCAAUACAAGGGAUCCUACCAGAAUGGAAUCACUACAGAGAGCCUCCAGAAUCCCACAGGAGGUAAAGCGUUCAGAGUGUUUGCGGUCAUUUGAAACCAUCCUUCAAGGACAGAUGCAAAGAAAUAGAGCUCUUGGUAAUGUAGCAGCCGGUUAUUAUUGCGCAUUUGGUCAGUGCUGUCACGAAAAAUCCCCUGAACAGGAAAAUGGCAUUGACUUUGGUCGACACCAUCUGGUCGAUGUUUCUUAUUUGUCUGCCUGUACAUGUCAUGUAUAUACAAGUUGUAAAUAUGGUUGAUUUUUAUUCAUUAUAACACUAAGAAUAUUCACGUUUUUAUGAAAUAUAUAUGUUGCUUGUAUGUUGUCUUUCUUUUUUUCGCAUGCAAACAUAAGUGUGAACACGUAGAAAAGGCUAUAUUACAGUUUUUAUUUUUGUAAACGUAUUUUUAUCAGCGUCGAAGGCUGCUUAUUGCUGUUUUGCUCUUUAUAUAUGUUCAGAAGUUGAUACUGUAACAACCUGGCAGGCCAGGAAAUCAUUUAGUGCUUGAGAAGAAUUUAAAAAAUGUACCACAAAAGCCAUAUGGGAGAGCAGAGAGACAUUGU